GCACAUGAAAUCCGCCAUUAAAAUUCUUCAAUUCCACCAUCAAACCAUCCUCUCUAUCUCUAUAAUGUCUUCUCUCAACCAUCUCCUCCCUCUCUUCUUCUUCUUCUUCACGCUCUCAAUCCCCAAUUCAUCCAUCUCCCAACCACAAUCCGCCACCAACAUCUCCGUAUUCUCCUCCUCCAACUCCCCAUGGCGCCCCGCCCAGAACCAGACUCUCCUCUCCCCCAACUCCACCUUCGCCGCCGGAUUCCUCCCCGUCCCCAGCUCCCCCGGCCUCUACACCUUCUCCGUCUGGUUCCGCAACGUCUCCCAAAACGCCGUCGUCUGGUCCGCCACCAAUUCCACCCUUUCCGCCGCCGCCUCGCUGACCAUCUCCCGCUCCGGCGAGCUCCGCCUCGUUGGCUCUCCUGGUAACUCCACAAAUCUAUGGCCUUCUCGUCCUGUCGCGAGCGUCAACGGAAGCGGCCUCUCGCUGCUUCCCACCGGUAAUCUCGUUUAUGGCAGUUUUGAAAGCUUUGAUUUUCCCUCCAAUACUAUUCUCCCUAAUCAACAGAUAAACGGGACAACCCUAGUUUCUAGCAAUGGGAAGUAUAUGUUUGAUUCUAGGCAGCUUGUUUUCAUUGGUAGGAACGUUAAUUAUUGGACUAAUCAAAAUGCGACGUUCAUGAGUAUGGAUGAUUUGGGGGUGAUUGUGUAUGGUGAUGGUGCUAAGUAUUACGCCUCCGAUUUCGGAGUUAAGAAGCUGAGAAAAUUGAGCCUUGACGAUGAUGGCAACCUUAGGCUGUAUAGCUAUGAUGUGAGGUUGAGUCAAUGGAUUGUUAGAUGGCAAGCUUUGUUCCAGUUAUGUACGGUCCAUGGCACUUGUGGUGCAAACUCCAUAUGCAUGUAUGAUGCUUCCAACUUCUCCACUUCCUGCGUUUGCCCUCCGGGGUACACCAAGGGGCUCGGGGACUCGUGCCAGUUGAAGAUCCCGUUGAGCAGUUCAGGGAGGACCAAGUUCUUGAGGUUGGAUUUUGUGAAUUUCACCGGUGGAUUGGACCAAAAUGACAUCGAGACUACCAACUUCACGACGUGUGAGGCUUCGUGUUUGUCCAGGCCUAAUUGCUUAGGGUUCAUGUUCAAGUACGAUGGCUCGAAUUUCUGUGUUCUGCAGCUGGGGAGGAUGGUUGACGGAUACUGGUCUCCAGGGACGGAGAAGGCCAUGUUCUUGAGGGUUGAUGAGUCGGAGAGUGAUGUGUCGAGCUUCACUGGGAUGACGUCCUUGAUGCAGACCAUGUGCCCGGUGAGGAUACGCCUCCCUGAGCCCCCACAGGAGUCCAGGACGAUUACUAGGAACAUUGUCCUCGUGUGCGCUUUGUUUGUGGCCGAGCUGCUUUUUGGUGCAUUCUUCUUUAGGACGUUCCUCAACAAGUAUAUAAAGUAUAGGGACAUGGCUAGGACCUUCGGGCUUGAGGUCAUGCCAGCUGGAGGGCCGAAGAGGUUCAGUUAUGCUGAGCUGAAGGCUGCCACAAACAACUUCUCCAAUCCAAUUGGGAAGGGCGGUUUUGGCAUUGUCUACAUGGGGAAGCUGAGUGACGGGCGCGUGGUUGCUGUCAAGUCCCUCAAGAACAUCACCGGUGGCGAUGCUGAUUUCUGGGCCGAGGUCACCAUCAUAGCGAGGAUGCACCACCUAAACUUGGUGAGGCUGUGGGGAUUCUGUGCUGAAAAGGGGAGUAGAAUUUUGGUGUAUGAGUAUGUUCCUAACGGAUCACUAGACGAGUUCUUGUUCCAAACUGUGGAGGAGGAUGGGCCGUUGGAGAGUGAGGGCGACGCGCUAACCCUAGGCUCGAAGGGGAAGCCGAUUCUUGACUGGAACAUACGGUACAGGAUUGCGUUGGGGGUGGCGAGGGCAAUAGCAUACCUGCACGAGGAAUGCUUGGAGUGGGUGCUGCAUUGUGACAUCAAGCCGGAGAACAUAUUGCUGGGAGAUGACUUCUGCCCGAAGGUGUCAGAUUUCGGGCUAGCUAAGCUGAAGAAGAAGGAGGACAUGAUCAGCAUGUCGAGGAUCCGAGGGACUCCAGGGUACAUGGCGCCAGAGUGGACGCGGCGGGACCAGAUCACCUCAAAAGCUGACGUGUACAGCUAUGGAUUGGUGCUCCUGGAGAUAGUGAGUGGUUCUAGAAACUUUGCGCAGCUGGACUCGAAGGUGGAGAGCGACCAGUGGUUCCUGCCCGGGUGGGCGUACGACAAGGUGUUCAAUGAGAUGAGCGUGGAGGACGUGCUGGACCAGCGGAUCAAGCAUAGCUACGACAGCCGGGCGCACUUUGAUAUGGUGAAUCGGAUGGUGAAGACCGCGAUGUGGUGCCUGCAGGAGAGGCCCGAGGCUAGGCCGUCGAUGGGGAAGGUGGCGAAGAUGCUCGAAGGGACGGUUGAGAUCACCCCGCCAAACAAGCCCAACAUAUUUUACUUGGAUGGUUGAACUGAAGCCUCAAUCUUGCUUCUCCUUCUCCUAUCACCUAAAAUUUCAACAUCUCACUACUUCUCUGCAUAUAUACUUACUAUAAAUGUCACGACACAAUCAUAUAUUUAUGUACCAAUGCUAUUAUAUUGCAACAAUAUUGAUUGAAAUUCACAUUA